AGCUGUUUUUCAUCAUGGAGUUUGUGGCAGGAGGCAGUUUAAGAACCCACCUGAUGAGGAGCAAGCACUUUGAUCUACAGACAACCAAGUUCUACGCUGCUUGUAUAACGCUUGGUUUAGAAGGAAUUCACAGCAAGGACGUCAUACACAGAGAUUUAAAGCCGGGGAAUCUACUAAUGGAUCAAGACGGCUACAUCAAGAUCGCCGAUUUUGGGAUGAGCAAAACUGGCAUUGGAUAUGGAGACCGCACCAACACCAUGGUUGGGAGUCCUGCUUAUAUGGCGCCCGAAGUCGUGAUGGAGGAGGAGUACUCAAGAGCCGUCGACUGGUGGGCUCUUGGCGUCAUCGUUUAUGAGAUGCUCCUCGGAACGAGACCUUUCACCGGAUACGACAGGGACUUUAUAUACGAUUCCAUCGUGGAGGAUGAGCCACAGUACCCCUCAUCCCUGGACUCCGAAGCAGUAAGCUUCAUAUCACAGCUGUUGAAGAAGAAUCCUGAGGAGAGGCUAGGUUCCACCCCGGGGAAUGCCGCAGAUGUAGCAGAACAUCCAUUCUUUAAUGGCAUUGUCUGGGAUGAUAUUAUCGAGAAGAACGUAACAGCUCCGUUCGUACCCAGCCUAAAUGGACCGGAGGAUGUGGGGUAUUUCGAUGAGGAGUUCACCAAACUGUCAGCGAAUCUGACCCAGCCCAAGGACCCCCUGCUGAGAUGGCAAGCGAGAUCGAUGAAGCCUUUCUGGACUUUAACUAUGCAGCAUUUUAAGUCCAAAGGGGAUGAUGGGCUGGAGUUGGGAAAAUGCACCACCUGACAGCUCCACCAGGUAAGAGUACCCCAAUUCCACCAGCAGUGCCUUCUCUACCAUAGCAUUACCAACAAUGUCUCUUCUGCCUCCCUUUCCACUAUAAUACCAUCAGCAGUGCCUCCCCUUUCCUUCUACUGUAAUACCAUCAGCAGUG